UUUCAUUUGAUUUCGCUAUUGGAUUUCAAAGUGUAAAGUUGUGCUUUCCCUCCUAAUUUUACAACUAAAAUUUUAAUCAGAAAAUAUAAUAUAUAGUGUUAAGUGCGUAUAUAAAUUAACUUUGUGCGCUACUAUUGGAAAUUAUAGAACGCAAUGCGUUCGUUAUUGUACUUAUUAUGCGCUAUGUUAGCGAGCGCUAGUGCGCAAAAACUGGAGAAGAUUAAUACGAUUUCGGAUAAUGUGGACAAAGUAUAUCACUAUCAGCCGGAACAAGUGCACUUGGCAUUUGGUGAAAAUUCCAAUGAAGUUGUGGUAACUUGGUCCACACGUGACGAUGCGCUCGAAUCCAUUGUCGAAUAUGGUGUCGUUGAUUUUACGCAACGCGCUAUUGGGAUGUACCAACAGUUUGUGGAUGGCGGGGAUAAGAAAAAGUCACAAUACAUACACCGGGUCAAAUUAUCGAAUCUUUUGCCCAAUCACACUUACGUCUAUCACUGUGGUGGUCAGUUGGGUUGGUCGCCGCGUUUCGAAUUUCGCACUGUGCCCGCCGGUGACGAGUGGUCACCCACAAUAGCACUCUACGGUGAUAUGGGCAAUGAGAAUGCACAAUCGUUAGCGCGUCUGCAACAGGAUACGCAACGUGGCAUGUACGAUGCCAUCAUACAUGUCGGUGAUUUCGCUUACGAUAUGAAUACGGACGAUGCGCGUGUGGGUGAUGAGUUUAUGCGUCAAGUGGAAACGAUUGCGGCCUAUGUGCCGUACAUGGUAGUGCCCGGCAAUCACGAGGAGAAGUACAAUUUUUCGAAUUACCGCGCGCGUUUCAGCAUGCCCGGCGGCACAGAGAACCUAUUCUACAGUUUUAAUUUAGGACCUGUACAUUUUAUUGGCAUCUCUACCGAAAUGUAUUAUUUUCUUAAUUACGGCUUGAAAACGCUCGUCUUUCAAUAUGAAUGGCUUGUGAAUGAUUUGCUGGAUGCCAAUAAGCCAGAGAAUCGUGCGCGCCGCCCUUGGAUAAUAGUCUACGGCCAUCGGCCAAUGUACUGCAGCAAUGGCAAUGGUGACGACUGCACACAUGCAGAGACACUGACGCGUGUCGGUUGGCCCUUCUUUCACAUGUUCGGCUUGGAGGCGCUCUUCUAUGAGCAGGGUGUUGAUGUGGAAAUCUGGGCGCACGAGCAUUCAUAUGAACGUUCUUGGCCCAUCUACGAUUAUAAAGUGUUAAACGGUUCAUUGGCAGAGCCUUAUCGCAAUCCACGCGCGCCUGUACAUUUGAUAACCGGUUCGGCGGGCUGCAAAGAGGGGCGUGAGCCAUUCGAAAAAGAUACGCCCGCAUGGAGCGCCUUUCAUAGUCAGGACUACGGUUAUACGCGCAUGAAGGCACACAAUCGCACACAUUUGUAUUUCGAGCAAGUGUCCGAUGAUAAAGACGGACAAAUUAUCGAUGCAUUUUGGAUCAUCAAAGACAAGCAUGGCAGUUAUGUUUAAUGUGAUGUGUGUGUGUGUAAAUUUUUUGGUGUCAGUGGCUUUUAGCGUGCGAUUGAAGGAAGUGGUGUACAUUAGAAAAAUUGUGGCGUUAGAAAACGCGUUAUUAAAUAGUUUAAAGCACAAUUAGCAUUUGAAAGCACAAAAAAUAUUAAAUAAAUAUUUGGAGCAGAGCACAGCAGUUGAGGAAUACAAUAACACAAAAAUUGACAUUCCAUUUCAUAUUUUGACGAAAUCGGCUUUUCACAGUAUUAAAAUAAAUACGAAACACGUGUACCUAGCAAAUUGUAGCGAAUCUCAGUGUAUUUUGAAUAUUUUGUAUUUCAAAUUUUACUGUUUAUAUGUUAUAUGUAAAUAUGUGUUUAAGCCUGGCUUAUGAACAUAACCUUAAUUGAAACAUACACAGCAUGAAUGCAUUUUUUAAAAACAAAUUUUACAAUUUAAUCAUACCUUUUGUGUAUAUAUUUGUGUUUGAAAGGUAUGUAACGAUUAAUUAAGCGUCAGUGGUGUAUGAGGUUUGGUGUACAAUAUAUUUUGUAACAAAAAAAAAAAUAAAUUUAUUUGAAUAUUAAAUAAAAUCUUACUACAGACAAUAUAAAAA